GAAACCAUUUUCCUUGCUUGCCUAAAAUGCUUUUUAUGGCGGAGUUCAAUCAGAAAAUUUGAUUUUAUGAAAAGCUGAAUUGAAUCAGACUCACUUGACUUUUUGUUCAUUUUACUUAAUAGUAUUCAUAAAGAGGAUCGGUCAAGCAUGCCAUCGUCCAAGGGCAGACAGUGUUGUGGAUUUAUUCCUAUGAAAACCGGUGUGUCACUGAUCACCAUUAUAGGAAUCGUUAGUAACAGCAUACAAUAGCAGUUUCAUCGCUCUUGAACUUUUUGCUGAAAUCAUUUUAUUGCACCUUCAUUUAGCUGAAUAAAUUGAGCGGUUUCUAUGGAAUACUAUCGUUUGAUUACACAGAUAAACUAGCAACUGCAGUGUUUAUCUAUUCCUUAAUUACACUUGUAAUAUUUUCAUACGCAUUAUAUGGUCUCUAUACUAAUAUUACGAUGGUACACAAUGCUUUUUUGGAUUGAUUGCUUGAUUAGCACUAUAACGACAGUAUGGUUUGCUGUUUCAUGGUUUGUCUAUACCGACCACAACUUACCAGAAUCAGCUGAUAAUCCGGGAAAAAUGGCAGAACAUGACAUAGUAUUCAAAUUGGAAAGUCGAGUGAGCAUUGCUGUGCUUAUAGUUCUGCGUUUGAUCCAUUUCUAUUUUGCUUAUGUGGUUACCCGUUAUUAUAAAGCCAUUACACAAAUCAGUUAUUCAAGGUUGGUAGCAAGUGAUAAUAUUGAUUUAGAAGACACCUCCUUUUCAAAUAAAGAUGCUUCAACAUCUGAGUCUGCGUUCAAGCCGGCUCAGGAUUGAUGUUGAAUUGUACUGGAGAUAGUAUCAAAGAUUACAAUACCCGUUUCAUUCCUGUCGAUUGCAACUUGAACAGCUGAAAGUUAUAAAAAA